AUGUCACACCAGAUCACGGUGUGGGCCCAUGACCACCGAGUACAUACUUGCUUUGGAGGAAAAUCCCUACAAAGCGCAGCAAGACGGGCUGGGACGUCAUGCGCCAACUGCAAGACCACCACUACGACACUAUGGCGGAGAAACCAAGGUGGUGAACCCGUCUGCAAUGCUUGCGGCUUGUACUAUAAGCUGCACAAUGUGAAUCGGCCGCUAACGAUGAAGAAGGAAGGGAUCCAAACACGAAAUCGGAAGUUAUCGUCCAAAUCGAAGAAGAAGAAGGGAAUGCCCGGCUCGUGUCUUCCACUGGGUGGCCACCAUUUGGGUGACCUGAUGAAGCCACUGGACCACAACAAGUCGUUCCCGGGGGCGUUCCCUGGUUCGAUGGGUCAGCACAGUCAUCUAUCGGGUGGGUUGCAUCCAGCGCACACACACAUGCACGGUGGAUGGUACACAACCGGGAUGGGUGCCCUCGGAUCGUCCAGCAGUCUGCAGAGUGGGUUCGGUGGUGCCGCCGCGCUAGGAGGUGGAAUGGGACCGCACACGCAAUCGUACCACCUGGGACUCAACUCGAUGAGUUGGCGCUCGGAAUACACGUGAUGGAGCACCAGUAACUUCAACACAAACUUGUUCGACUUUAGCACAUCCCCAAAAUUGCAGCACCAUCAGCAUCAACAUCAACAGUCAGCGCAUCAUCACCAUCAUCAUCAUCCUCACCACCACCACCAUCAUCAUCAGCAGAGCAGUAGUAGUACCGGUGGACUGUUCGAACCUCAGCCACUUCCACAUCCUAAUCACCAUCAACCUCAUCAUCAUCAUCAUCAUCAUCAUCAUCACCAUCCGGUACCGCUAAGUAGCAGCAAUGGCAGCAGCCAAGAUCUUGACCUGCACAGUCAGCAGCAACAGGCGUUCCAAGAAUCGCAGCUUCACCAACAUCAGCUGCACCUAGCGGCGAGUCAAGUACAAAUCUAAGACAUACUAUCACAUCGUCACUUGCUGGUACUGUGUGGAAUUAGCGGAUUUGAAUGUUUUAAGAAAGGUUUUGCUGAGGUGAGGUUCCUCCGGAUAGAUUCAUUUUCAUUGGAGUCUAGUCAAAGGCAGAUUCGGAAAUUUUACGGUUACAGAAUGGUUUAUUUGUGAGUUUGAUAAGAAUUUGACGAAUUGUGGAACUGGUGCUCUUCGAUGUUUAUAGUAGUACUACACACCUGGGAUACAAAUACUUUCGUCGUCAUGUUGUUGUGUUAUUGAGCUGGUUUGAUUUGGUGCAAAUUGGUGACAAAAUCACAUGACAUUUAUGAGUGAGCAGUGCAGAACUUAACAUAGCCUUGGUCACAUAUUUGUGAACAUAGAAGCACAUACUAACAGACAUAACACUCGAAAAUAGUACUUCGCCCGUCUUAACGGUCAUUUCAAAUAUAUUUGUAGUUGGGACUGUGGCCACAUUUGAAAUUAUGGCGCCACUGACAUAUGAACAAGCAUGUGGGGGAUAGACCACUAGCGAAAAAUUGUUCCCAAACCAGAGGGGUAACCCAUCAGCAAAUGAGUGUUUGGGACCGUGAAUAAAAGGUGGAGCUAGUGUUCUGGGAAAAUUUCCGGAUCGAUGUUUUUUGAGGGAAUUCCCUUAAAGUGUUAUGUCUGUUAGUCUAUGAUAGAAGUUCUGCUAGCACGAAAAAAGCGUUCCCAAAUUCGUGAAUAAAAUGCCAUGAAUUGUGGAAUAUUGACAUUGGUACGUUACGCAAACAGGACCGUGAAAAAAGAUCCUGUUUUAUAGUGUUCAACUAUUUUCUUCCGUAGUGCAUGCGUAACGUAAUUUGUGGAAACAUUUAUUUUUAUUGUGAAAUUCAGUAACCGUCAGGACCAACGGAGGACGUGGAUAGUAAUGGGUUACACUACCGACUUGAAAAUAUCCGAGUAGGUAAUUACUCACUCGAAAUUAUAAACAAACUUAUAAUUUGAAAACUGUAUCUUGUGCUCACAAAGGGUGUACGGAAUCGAAUUGCAUUACUUUCAAAUUGCCAUAACUGUAUUUUUUGUUGCAAUUUUGGGUAAAAUUAGUUCAAUGUCAACUCUGACUGCGACUGCUGCUUCCUUAGUCGCUAUCAUCCAAGGAAGUACAAAUCCAAGGAAGUUCCGAAUUUCCGAAUGGACACACUGCGCUAGGGCCGUAGAGA